GAGCCCACCCCUGCCUCCCCCCUGCCUCCUCCUGCUUCCGCUCGUAUUGUAGGCUGCUGGUAGAGAGGAAGGAUAUUUGAGAGCGAAAAUGGGAGUAGAAAUUGAGACGAUAACUCCAGGCGACGGGCGGACAUUUCCGAAGAAGGGGCAGCUCGUCGUGGUGCACUACGUCGGGACACUCGAAGAUGGGAAAGUGUUUGACUCUUCGCGGACUCGGGGGAAGCCGUUCAAAUUUAAAAUCGGAAACCAGGAGGUUAUCCGUGGCUGGGAGGAAGGAGUAGCCCAGAUGAGUGUAGGUCAGCGGGCAAAGCUCAUUUGCUCACCAGACUUUGCCUACGGCAGCAAAGGUCACCCAGGGAUCAUCCCACCAAAUGCCACUCUCACCUUCGACGUGGAGCUGCUCAGUCUGGAAGUCUGAAACUUGUGCACUCAACUUUGUUUAAUUCCACUCAGAUUAUCAGGGUUGACUCCUAUCUCGGGAACAUGGAGGAAAAAUGUUAACAGAUGAUUCCUGCUCUUGAUUCCAGCAUAGGACCUAUGUCUAUAGCUUCAUUAGUCCACUUUCCUUUCAUUUAGAUACAAAUCGUGUUAUGUCACUUGCUUUAAACCUUUAUCCUUCAACACUAUAUGCUUCAGAUUCUUUACAGUAAUAAGUCAUAGGCCUUCCCAUCCCAUGUAUUUUGUCAUAUUCUGCUUUGUAUUUUUAUGGUGAUGUUUUUUUUUUUUAUUAUUAUUUGACAUAAAUUGACUUUAUUUGACUCACAAAACGUGUCUGCCAUCAGGACCACCUUUUAAGUAAGUACUGAAUCAGUCUCAUUCCUGUGGCUCUGUGGCCUUUACAAUAAAAUUGUAUUGAUUGCGGGUAAAGAAUUGUCUUGAAUAAAAUUAAGAAUAAAUUGUUUGACACGAUA